GGUGAAGUAGAUGAGACUCUUACAGUUGGUAAGUCAAAUGUAAGCACAGGUCUAUGUUUAUAAUUCUAUCUCCCCUAUGUAUUGUAUGAAUGUGAAUAUGCUAGGCAUCCUGCCUGGUUUGUGCAGUUGGUCUUUAGAAUAAAGUGUUAUCAGGUUGAUAGGAAAUUUUUUAGUAAGACAAUGCAGGACACUAGUGGCUUAACUGGUCUUCCAGUAUUUUUCUUGAUUUGAUAUCAUAACGUCAAGGCAAUGUGGCUUGUAGAUGAAGAAGUGGAUCUGUCGAAAGGCAAUGAGAGUGGAAUAUCUUUGACUGCAGAGUAGCUGAUAUACCUCGUCCCAUGUUCUUGUUAGUUGUCUUAUGCGACUAAUAUUGCUGAACUGAUGCAACACGUGCUUAUGAGUCUGAUAGAUGCCAACCUCAGAGAUUUGCAUUGCUUUCUUCACACUUUUAAUACCAAUAGAUGUAGAAUAGUCAAUAAUGCCAGAACCAAUCAUCAAAUAAUUGAGGGUCGUUAGAUCCAAUCCAAGAACAAUUAUUUAUGGUCCAUAUGGUCAUGUCAUUAUCAUCUAUGAUGAGAAAUCUAGAAGAGCCUAAUUUGACAACUGGAGGUGUAUUUUUGCCUUGCGUAUUAUUGAUCGAUUACUAUCUUGGAAGUAUAUGGGAUCUUACGGUUCUACUCACAUUCUGAGAUAAGAGGAAGAAAGGAAGCCAGUGUUGCCGCAGGAAUUGGUAAGAGAUGAUUAGCUUGGACUAUUUUCUGGUACCAGCAGGUCUCUUUGUGUUGGGAAUCUACCAUAUCUGGCUCUUCAUCACAGUUCUGCAUAAUCCCAUAAGAACUGUCAUCGGCCUUAAUGCUUACACUCGGGAACAGUGGGUCUUCUCCUUGAUGACUGACCCCUUGAAGAAUGGUGUUUUGAUUGUACAAACUUUACGCAACAACAUUAUGGCAUCGACACUUUUGUCCACAGCAGCAAUUACUCUUUGUUCUGUGAUCGUUGUAUUUGUGAGCAGCGAAUCCAGCUUCGAUAGCACUGUAUCAGUAAACUCAGUUUACUACAAUUACACGCCAUCCUUAUCUUCAAUCAAGUACUUGUGCAUUAUGCUUUGCUUUCUUGUUGCAUUUCUCUGUAAUAUACAGUCUACUAGAUAUUAUGCCCAUGUUAGCUUCUUGGGGACCGUCCCAACAUGGAAAGACAAGACAGGUUUCAUUGAUUAUGUUGCAGCAACUUUGAAUAGAGGAUAUUACUUUUGGGCUCUAGGACUACGAGCAUUCUACCUCUCGGUUCCUCUCUUUCUCUGGGUCUUUGGGCCAAUACCUAUGUUUGUUAGUUGCUGUGUAAUGGCGGUUGUUCUGUAUUUCUUGGACACAACUUCCAUCUUUGCACAACUUGUUCAUAGCCAUUUGAACGAGGAGGAAGCGAAAACCGAUGAUGUGGAAGCAAUUUCUCAAUCAUUGAGCAAUUCUGGCCGUGAGAACUUCCAACUUCGUGAUCCGCUACUGACCAGGUCCGGCUAGCAUAAAUCAGUCAAUUUUUCCUCUUAUGGCGCUGGUUAUUAUGGUCCGCAAUAUGUUUCUGUUGCUGGUUCCUAUAUUAGCAGCAGCAACAUGAGAAUUUUGGACAGCAGUGAUUCGUUAUGAUCUAUGCUUCAUUGAGCAUUUUCAUAUCUCACCUUAUUUUCCAAAAUUUUACAAUUUAGCCUGAAUGAAUGUCAUGAUUAAUGGCAGCUCCGCAAUACUUGAAAGUUUCCACAGCAUUAGGAAUUUGGACAGAAGUGUUUCGCUAUGAUCUUUGCUUGAUUGAGCAUUUACCUGUGUUGCCUUUUCCAAAAUGUUUAAUAGAUUCAUUCAGGCUGUCAUGAUUGAUGGCAGCUCCUUGUUACUCACUUAUUUGUUAAUUGUUAGUAGAAAUUUCAGUGAAUUACUUCAUCUUUUAUA